CUACUUCCGCUUCCGGCGUCGUAGGGGUCCAGGAGGAAAAUGGCGUCGCCAGCUGCGUUUCGGGUUUCUAGGCUGUUGGCUCAGUCCCACCCACGGCUGAGGCGGCCCAUGUCUAGUGGCGCCCACGGCGAAGAGGGCUCAGCUCGCAUGUGGAAGGCCCUUACUUACUUCGUCGCGCUCCCGGGGGUGGGUGUGAGCAUGCUGAAUGUGUUCCUGAAGUCGCACCACGGCGAGCACGAAAGACCCGAAUUCAUCGCCUUCCCCCAUCUCCGCAUCAGAACCAAGCCCUUUCCCUGGAGAGAUGGUAACCAUACUCUAUUCCACAAUCCUCAUGUGAAUCCACUCCCUACUGGCUAUGAAGAUGAAUAAAGGGAAUCUGGACUGCUCCCCAGGCACCAGGGACCACAACGCUGGUUUGGACCACUACUCUGCAUGUGGACCAGGAAACCUGUACGGGACCUUAAGCUCGACUUCUUUACUUGUAUCAAAUGAUGACCAGUAUACUGAUCUUCCAUCCCUUCGCAUGUGGCAGGAGAUGGCUUAAAUAAAUAACUUAAACUUAGAUUGGUUGUGA